AAUUAAACUUUCUACGCCAUCAAAUAUUUACUGGGACCAUCUCACAACUAGACUGUACAUUCCUGGACACAUUGUUACCGGCCUCUCUACACGACCCCCAGAUCUGACCCAGGGUCUGCGCCUCCACAGUCACUUCAGAAUUUACAUUCUUCAGCCUACGGAUGAAAAAUGAUUGACGAUGCAAUAAAGUGACAUUCGGUGUGAGUGUGGACAGAAAAGGGGAAACGGACCUCGACACAGAAGAAACUCCCACUGGCUUCUCGACAGCGUUGGCGAGGAGCCGGCUGACGAGAAGGAAGCGGUGGAGGCAGAGUGACGGGCGGUCGACAGGCAGAGCUCCUUUCUUCAGGCUGUGACGUCUUGUUGAUAUGAGACUUCACUCCUCGGCCUCUUAACGCUCCCUGUCCCCCAAAACGAUGCCUCUCCUCUGGGUCAUGCUGUGGUCGGCGCUCUCUCUCCUGGUUCACCCCUCUGGUCCAGACGGCUGCAGAUUCCCUGAGAGCAGCAGCUCAACGAAAGAGUCUCCACUGCUGGAAUCCUUAAGCUGCCAUAACGACUUCGAGUCCUUCGUCCACUGCAGAUGGAGGACACACGGAGACACGUCCCCGCAGCUUUGGUUCCAAACUGAAGACAACAGGGAGUUGUGUGUGCCGUACAGUCCACCGGGCCCGGAUGAACCCGGGACCCUCCAGUGUAGAUAUGAAACCCGUGUGUUUUCCAUUGGCAUCGGACACACUGUCUUCUUCCUCGGGAACGAGACACUGACUGUUUGUUCGUCUGUCCCACCCAAGCCUCUGGAUCUCUCUCAGCACGUGAGAGCUCGUCCACCAGAGGAUCUGUCUGCACUCGAUCCGGGAGACGGAGGCCGAUGGCUCAGCUGGUCCAGUCCUUACUCCCCCUCCUCCUCCUCCUCCUCCUCCUCCUCCUCCUCCUCCUCCUCCUCCUCCUCCUCCUGGAGCAGAAAUCUCAGCUACCAGCUCAGCUACAGACCAGAGCAACACGACCACUGGACUACCCAGGACGUCACAAACACCAGCGUGAAACUCGAGAGGACACUGCUGCUGCCCGGUCGCAGGUACGAAGCCCGGGUGAGGGCCCGGGCCAGCGUGGGCCAGUGGAGCUCCUGGAGUCCGCUGGUGACCUGGAAGACUGAGGAAGACACUGGGCAGAUUCCCAGUUUGCAUUGUGUGCUGCAUGGAGAGGAGGAGGUGCUGUGCAGCUGGGAGGUGAGCAGAGAGCUGGCUCCCUUCAUUAGCUACCAGCUGGCCUGUCGACACCGCAACUCUGCAGAGUCUGAGAUCUGCUGCGUGAACCCAACAGUCAGCUGGGAGGGCCUGACCCUGAGGUACAGCUGCUCACUGACCAGCACAGACCCUGCACAUCUGCUGCUGGAGCUCCUACCGACACACACGGCCAGGAGGUUUGAGGCCUACCAGCACAUCCGUCCCAACCCGCCACGGCAGCUGAGAGUGAAAGAGAAAGAGAACAAGUGGAUCGUGGAAUGGACUGAACCGAGCACAGCUUCCAAACUGAGACUGUUCUAUCAGGUCUGCUACCACAGAGCCGAUCAGGAAUGUUCCACCCCGCUGAACCUCUCCGAGGGCUCCACGUCCCUCAGCAUCCGGGGAGCGUCUCUGGCCCCGUCCCAGCUCCACCAGGUCAAAGUCAGGUCACUGGUCGAGCCCGGACAUGGUUCCACCUACCAGGGGGUCCCGUCCGAAUGGACCGAUCCCGUACACUGGACCUCACAUGCAGGAGCCUGGUCCCUCACCACCUUGAUAUAUUUUCUCAUCGCUGUGUUUGCGGUCACGGUCUUCUUCGCACUCUACUGCACCAUUCCAGCUUGUCAAAGGAGGGUGGUGCUGUGGGUGGACUCCGUCCCCUCUCCACACAAAAGUAACAUCAUGUGUGAGAUCAAGUGUGUGACCAGUUGGACGCUGCAGACCGAGGACACGUCCAUCUGCAAAGUGCUACUGGACAACACAUCUGAAUGCAGCUCCUCACAUGCUUCCCUGGUGCCGAUCACCACAGCUGAAGAGAAGCUGCUGGAGGCGGACGAGGGUUUCUGGAACAGUGACGACUUGUCCAGUCCUGCUGAGAAGAUGAGCUUCAGUGGACCGUACAUCUUCUGCAAGAGGUCAGAGCCCGACCACAAGUCAGAGGAGGACGAGUGUUUGGAGAAAGAAGACAGGACCUCUUCAGAGGACUCUCCCCCCCCUGUGAAAUUCACCCAGAACGCAGACGGCUACGUGUCUCUACCGAACCGCAGCGUCUCCAGGUCCACACAAGACCUGGUGUCUAACAGCGUUGUCAACACAAACACACACGGGCAGGACAGCGUGGAGCAGGACCCACAGAGGGCAGGGACCACGCCGGGGUCAGAGAAGCCUGACCUCAGCGAGGCCCCCGGCAGGAAGCCACCUCCGGCCUACACCCCUGGACCUUUCGCCCCCUGGCCUCAAGGUGGCAGCAUACAAGCCUCUGGGUACUGUCACCUCCCACAGCACACAUGAGCAAAGUGACCUGCAACACGUCAGAGCAGCACGUGAAGAAGAAGCCGUCAGGCCUCAAUCUGCAGAUAAGAACAAUUCAUCAAGCUGCGGUUUCCUCUGUUGUUAAAGGAUUUUAACUUCCAGGGUGAAACACAGAGAACUGUUGAUCAUUUGGCUGUUACACAUUGGGGAGGAUUUAUUUAGAUUUGUGUUACUCUGACCUGAGAUCAGAGUGUCCAACCACUGGGGGGCAGUAGUGAGCUGAACCUGUAAUUAAUGGAAUUGACGUCAGUGUGAAACACAAACUAACUUUAGACAGAGGUCAGGAUAAAAUAACAGGGACAUUUUAAAGCUCGUCAUUUUCACUGGGACUUGGUUUGAGAUUCUAAUUUCUAUUUUGCUAUUUAUUUUACAGAUUUUUCGCUCAUGUGAAGUUACAGUUAAGAUCUGUGUUGAUGUGUAAAUAUUUUAUUAGUUCCUCAAACGUCAUGUCUGUGUCACAGCUGAGAUAAGAAGCUAAGUUAUGUAAACUGAAUUAUUGUACGAAAUAUGCCUGUUUGCACAAAGCUGAGUUUAGACCUUGUUUUCAAUGUGAAUGUACAUAUGUGAUAUUUCUGCCCUUUGUGUGUUUUCAGUAACAAACUGAGGCCUGCAGAGAUGUUUAACAUUUUAACGAUGGACUGAAAAUAUAUUUUUAAAGCCUCCUUGAAGUUAGGAGACUUUCUUUUUGGAUCCUUUUAGGAGACGUCUGAUGUGUUUGGAACUUUUCCUGGACCGUGUGAUUUCUUUGUGGAUCUUUUCUCGGACCUCUUGUUGUGUUUGCGGACUUCAGCCUUAUUGUCUACGUUGCAUUUGUUGAUGUCAUGGUAGCCAUGUUCUCCGGAAGGUAAGCCAAAGGGCCUCGAAUGCCCCCCUGGUGGUUACCUGCAGCAUUACUCAUAAACUCUGCCUUUUCCAUGUUAUUUGAUAGGACAUGGACCAAAGUAAAAAGUCAAUGUACGCGUCAAAUACGUCUAUCUAAUGGAUCUUUUCUGUAAUUUGCUAAGUUUGGUUUUAAUUAGUUAUUUGACGCACUAAAAAUGGGGUGAAAGGUUAUGAUUGACAGCUGAGACUGACUCAGGAUUGGUCAAACACACACCAUAUUUGGUGUGCAGGCAUGUAUGAGACUGCAAAGCAACAUUACUGUAAAACCUUUUUAUAUCAUGAGGGUAUUGUUGGCAGGAUGACGCAGAACUCUUUCUUGUCUCUGCAGCGAGAACACAAUGCUGGAAUUCCAGGCAUGCUGAUAUUGACUUCCUGUGUUCUCAGCCCAUCGCUAGGUACAGCUUCCUGUCUGAUGAGGCUGAGGAGACGUUCGACUCACACACCGACGGAUUCACGAUGCCCGCGAAGGUGCACAUAUUUUGGCGUUGGAAAGUGAUUUGUUGGGUUUUCAGGGGUUUGUCCAGAUGUUCAAAAACAGUCACAUUCCCCAGGUUCACAUCCAGCAUCAGGGAGCGGUUGUUCCCUGAAGGAGGUCGGUGCUUCAGACAGAUUCACAUCGAUCCUGAUCAGUGAAAAGGAAAGGACACAGGUUGUUUGUGGACGGACGCAGCAGGGUUAGUGUGUGUGUGUCUGAUAUCCGGGUGGAUGUGUGGUCAUCUGUGUACAGCGUGUCCCUGGCCGCUCUCGUACAUAAAAAACAGGAAAAUAAAAAGCGCUGGAAGGUGUAGGGAGUGUGCGGAGCCACACGGAUGCUUGUGUAACCUCCUGUUCAAAGGCCUCCUGUUUCCUCAGCACUGUCCAGCAGGGAAUCCAGGCCACACUCAAACACACAGUCACCUCAGAGACUUGUCAGUGUAACAUCAAACUCUCUUGUUUGGAUUGUUUACCUCUUUUUGCCAUUUUGUUUUCUAAUCUUUUAAAGUUCUGUAUUUUCUUAUGACUUGCUGGUCAAGUGGUGACAACCUCACAUGCCCACGUAUGUCUAUGUUUAUAUUUUACACUUGGUGUCUUCAUCAUGAGUUUAAAUAAAUGAUGCUUUUCUUUG